AUGAGAGCGAAGCGAAGAGCUCCCUUACAGGGUGAUUUUCUUACCAAUGGAGCACCAGCCAAGGCAUCUCCUACCAUAUCAACUUCCACAACUUCAGCAUAUUAUACCCCUCCUAUACCAAAUGGUUUACAGUCGGAUCAACCAGAUUCUAAACCUAUACCACAAGCACAACCUGUUUCUACUCAAAUCCUGAAUAUCCAUCCUUUCACUGCACUGGAAUUAACAACUCAGCCGCUUUCAACUAAUCCCAGAACACUUCGCCCCAAUUCCAUAAAUGGUUCUUCAUCUCGUAUGCAUAUUUUACAAAUGGAUAUCAAAGAGUAUCUUAACAAAUCUGCUGGAGUAGUUGAUAAAAUCCGUCACGGAAACCCCAACUCACAUCCCUUUCGUAUUAUUCCAGAGAAUGAUAACAACAAUAAUAAUAAUUCAACUGCUCGGCAGGGACAAACUGCACCAAGUGAUGGUACAAGCUCAUCAUCAGGUUUGGCUGCGAAACGCGGAUUCUGGCGUCGCCAGGACAGUGCUUUCGUCACCUCAGCCAUGCCUGCUCCAGAGAGGAGACCACAGAGCAUGAUAAGAAACUCAAAUGAAAGUGUGCCUCUUAAUGACCAACUAAUCAAGUCUGAGAAUGAUUCUUAUGAAAAGAAUCACCUUAUUGGUGGUGAUGAAAACGUGACUGAAGUUGCGACUGAAGUUCUGGCUGAAGAUUCCUUCAAAAAGAUAAGACGAACCGGAUCAGUUCGGCUGAGAUUGAAGCGAUUUUCUGUCGAGAGUGUGGAACAAACUGCCCGUACGUUUAAUAGGUUAUCACUUUCCAAUAUAAAGCUCCGUCGCACAAGUAUGCAUAAGGCACCGACACCACAUUUGAACGAUUUGUCUCUGAUAUCUUCGCAUAGAAAUACUGGAAACUCCACUAAUCCACAACCAUAUUGGAAAUAUCACGUUAUAGGAUUUGGAAAUGGAUUAAUCCUUGCUACAAAUCCCUCGACUACUCAAGAUGGAUGUCGAACGGGACCCGGAUAUCAUGUGGAAGUCAAAUAUAACGAUCGUUCUAAUUUAUCGACUGGCUUUAGGUUGACAUUCCGUCGAUUGAUAUAUGCCAAUGACGAAACCCAAACCCCAGUAUUAACCAUUAUACGAAAGUCAGAUGCUGAAGGAGGAUACUUCACAGUCUCCGUACGACGCAGCUCCGUUCUCAACUCCAAAACAGGACUCAUUGACUACCAUAACGAUGACCACUUGUAUCGUGACUUUUCUAUUGGUGAAAACUAUCGACCUCAUGAACAAAAGCUAAAUAAAUCGAUAUUUAAUGGACUUGUUUUCCCUAAAGGAAUUCCCAACAAAUUUAUGAUCUCCAGCAGCCAAAACUUGGUUGAUCAGCAAGCAGAAGGGACCCUGCCUACAGCGUUCAAGAACUACGAAUUCAAAGAUUUCAAUAAUAUAAAAUGGAGUGUGGGGUCUAUCCCUAGAGUGAAGCUCAGUAAACUUCCAAGACUAAGAGAAAAGGCAUUUGUUCCUCAGUACAAAUAUGUGAACCCUAACUAUUCUUAUUUCCACCAAAACUACAUUGAAGAAGAAGACCCACAAGAUCAUUCUCAGGACGACGAUAAUGAGAGUAUCAUGACCAUGACUUCGAAAACAACGUUAAGCAGUACUGUUAACUCCAGAAACCAGUAUAAGUACAAGGAAUUGAAGAAUCCUCAGAAUAUAUAUUUCCAAGGUGCUAAAGGUGAAGCCGAGUUCCCACCAGUAUUAGCAGUUUUCAGACCAAAGGAGAAAUCAUAUAAAAGAAAACAGAUUCUUAAAUCUAUUCAUAGGAAGUUUCAAUCUCCUAUGUACGCUCACGAACGAGGGAGUUCGAUAACAAUCGAUUCCAGCUCCAUUUAUGGAGAUAUUGAUAUAGGAAAUGAUGAUUUCGAUACCCAAUCCCUAAGAACUCUGCGCAGUUCAAUAUACGAAGGUGAUGGACUCUAUCAUGAUGAUCCCAACGAUGAUGAGCCCCAAAACACUAAAUACGGAUGGAUAACGGUUUACGAGGACAAGGAUAUAUUUUGCAAGAGCAAAGGAAUGUUUGAUGUUGUAGUGGGAUUAACAUUUGCAGCUGGGUUUGAAAAGUUGGCUGGUGUAUACAACGUAUAA